GAUGAUAAAUAUUAGUUCGAGCUGAUUUCGAAUCAAGAAUGCUCGUCCAUCUGUGUCUUAUUUUAUACAACGCUAUAUGCACUUUUGGAACUAAUAUCGACGCAAAUUUGGAGCUUGUCCAAGUGUUAUUUAGACACGGCGAUCGAACACCACUGGAAGAUGAGGCUUCGUUAUUACCACAAUUUAAUAAUUCUUAUGAACCAUGGGGCUUUGCUCGGUUAACGAAGAAAGGUAUGAUUCAAGAAUAUGAACUUGGAAAAAUACUCAGAGAACGGUACAACGACUUUUUGUCAAAUAUGUACAGACCACAGAAUGUGUACGCAUACAGUUCAAAUACUGACAGAACUAUCGCCUCGCUCCAACUCGUAUUAGCGGCACUUUAUACUCCCGUCGGUGAGCAAAAAUGGAAUGACGAUUUGAACUGGAUUCCCAUUCCAAUACACACAGUUCCACGAUUUUUGGAUAUUUUGACACAUUCGCGGGAUUGUCCAAAGUACCUGCAAAAGUUGAAGGAAGUUUUCAAUUCUGAAUAUAUGAAAUCAUCUCAACUCGAUGCCAUUGUUCGCGCGACAAACGAGAACUCUAAAACUCAAAUGAGUUACGGACUUUUUUUCGGAAUAACCAAUUUACUUAAAAUACGAGUAGAAUAAGCAAAUUCAAAUAAAUCUAUUUUUAUGGAUUUUCAUUAAAUACUUUU